UACAUUCGUUCGUGUGCCAGUCACAACGCUAAGUCCUAUGUGCGAAGACUGCAAGACUCGUCAAACUCAACAGAAAAUGGACGGGAUUGGAGAGGCAGAAAUUUAUGGCAAACGUAAAGAAUGCUCGUGUUUCAAACUGGUAAAAGUUUUACCCAAAACCGAGCCAAUUAAAGAAUUCGGCGAACUCAAUCUCGAUAAACAGGUGCAAUUAAACAUUGUCGGUAAGACUCAGUGUGGCUUCAAAGUGCCCACCCCGAUCCAACGAUACGCCUUACCCAUUAUUAUCGAAGGAUUUGAUGUAAUGGGUUGUGCUCAAACAGGAACAGGAAAGACUGCAGCAUACCUUAUUCCAAUGAUAAAGUUUGUAAAAGACAAAGGCUUCAAAAAGAAAAGGGUAGGAUGGGAUGAACCUCAGAAGCCAGAAGUUCUGAUAAUCGCUCCUACUCGUGAAUUAGCCCAACAGAUUCACGCUGAUGCAAUCAAGCUCACGUUGAAUAUGAGACCCUCUUGUGGGAUCAAGGUGUUGAAUGGGGGAUCAGUAACGGGUACACAACGUGACGAAGUAAGACAGGGCUGCAACAUAUUAAUUGGAACUCCGGGUAGAAUAAAACAUUUCAUCACCGACCACACUAUAAGCUUGGAGAAUACAAAGUUCCUUGUUCUAGAUGAGGCGGAUAGGAUGAUUGACGAUGGGUUUCGGGCUGAUCUGGAGGCGAUUGUUGGACUUACUGAUAUGCCAAAAAAGGAAGCACGACAAACUGUUUUGUUUAGUGCAACUUUCAGAUCAGAUCUGUUAGAGUUAGCUUUUACCACUAUGAGAGAUGAUUUCAGGUUGAUCAAGGCGAAUGAUAUUGGUUCUGCGCAACCAAACAUAACUCAGAAUUUUGAAUUGGUGAAAGAAGCUGAAGAUGAACAACAACAACAACAACAAAUAGAAAGUAUGCUAAAGGAAAUACUUAUGGAUCUUCAUGCCUGGAACGAGACAACUUUCCUCAAAUGCAGUUGCUGGAAGAAGGAGCGGAAUGGAUUCAACACAACUACAGUUAGUGAUCAGCCAAACAUAAAGCACUUCUUAUUGCAUGUCCUAGGCAAAUGUGCCAAAGAGAAGAUUCUCAUCUUCGUUGCGACGAAACUUAAAGCCAAGGAACUUGCAGACUCUAUUUCAAAUCAUCUUAGAAGCAACUUUAAAGCUCGUUUCAUGACAAAGCAAAAGUUUAAACAUUUGUACACCGAUGGUGAUGAUCAAGAUCUGAUCGAUAAUUAUGGAGCAAUUAGUUUUCAUGCCAAUCAAAACCAGCCUGAGCGUGAACAAGCUUUGUCUUUAUUCGAUAGAGGAGUUUACCCUAUUCUAGUGGCAACAAAUGUGGCAGCAAGAGGGCUCGAUAUAGAAGGAGUAACUUAUGUAAUCAACGCCGACUUUCCUCUGAACCUUAGCGACCUUAAAAAGUACCAUGACAUCGACACACAAGCUUUGAAAGAUGGAAAGAUUAAGAGGAGACCAGUCCGAAAUCAGUUUGAGGAAUACAUACACAGAAUCGGGCGAACUGGCCGGGCCGAAAAAGAAGGAGAAUCAAUUUCAUUCUUCAGGGAAGAUAAAGAUGCUCAUCUAGCUGUGCCACUCAUAAGAAUGUUAGCAAAAGCCCAACAGAAUGUUCCUGAUUGGCUUUCUAAAUUAGCUGCAGAAAACAGUUCUAUUGAAAUGGCAGCAACCGGGAAAGAUGUACCUGAGAAACAGGAGCGAAUUUUAGCAGGUCUAGCAACCAAAGAAUGGGAUGAAUCCAAGGGGCCCUGCGUUGAUGAACUUUGGGGAAAUGAACCCUAAGCUUGAGAUUGUAACUGAUAUUUCGAUAAAACUGUUUCCCCAAUGGACUAAUCAUCUGAUUGUGAUAACAACUGAAAAUGUGUUUCUACGGAACAUCUGUAUUUGUUUAUCAAUCAUGUUAUUUACCUAAAUUUACUGUUAAAAUUUGGUCUCUCUAAUUUAAAAAAGCUAUGAAUCAACAUUAAGCUAUAAUUUAGCCUUUAAACUUAUCAGCUCACACGGCGAUAUGUGUAAUGAAAGAGUAGUUGAUAGAGUAGCCAUUUUAUCAUGCUUAACUUUUGAUUUAUUGUUGUUGAAUUUGUUUUUGAAAAAUAAUUGUGAAUUAUAUGCAACGAAAUUCGAAAUAAUUGAA